UUUCUCUAGGUCUAGAGUAGAGAGCUCGGCUAUGGCGGCAGAUCUUCUCGCUUCAGUCGGAGGUCCCUGGCCGACAGUGGUGGCGCUAGCCGCUGGAAUUAUCAUACCCUGGAUCUACUUGCUGCUCAAGCCGCCGCCGCCCAAGAUCUGUGGAACGCGGCGCGGCCCUCCCAUCACGGCUCCUCGAAUCCGACUUCGCGAUGGCCGAUACAUGGCUUACAAGGAGCAAGGAGUUCCAAAGGAUCUGGCCAAGCACAAGGUGAUCUUUGUGCAUCCAUUCUCGGGAUCUCGGCACAGCUUGUUGCAAAUCUCACAGGAAGUUUUGGAGGGACUAAGUGUGUAUAUGGUAGCUUUCGACAGGGCUGGCUAUGGCGAGAGCGAUCCAUUCCCAGAGAGAAGCGUCAAGAGUGAAGCUCUGGAUAUCCAGGAGCUCGCGGACCAGCUCCAGCUCGGGCAGAAGUUCUACGUUGUUGGGCUUUCCAUGGGAGGAUAUCCGUGCUGGGCUUGUCUCAAGCAUAUACCACACAGGCUGGCUGGAGUUGCUAUGAUGGCUCCAGUGGUGAAUUACUGGUGGCCUGGUGCUAGCAAGGAGAUCUCUGGCGAGGCCUUCUCCUCGCGGCCCCUGGGUGACAAGAUAACUCUCCGGAUCGCUCACUACGCGCCAUGGUUGAUGCAUACCUGGUCCAAGCAAACUUUUCUUCCAUCGUUCCUGAAUGGCAUCGGCAAGGAGAAGUUCAUGAACAAGAUGGACCUGGAGAUCACAGCAGCCAGGAAGAACGCUGGAAUUCCUCAUCAAGAGACCGCGAUCCAGCAGGGAACAUCCGAGUCACUGCACAGAGAUCUCGCCGUGGGGUUUGGAAAAUGGGAUUUCUUCCUCGCAAACGCCGGCGUUCCAGUUCACGUAUUCCAAGGCGACGAAGACAAUCUAGUUCCAGUGAGUAUCCAGAGACACGUCGCGGAGAAACUUCCAUGGAUCAACUAUCACGAGCUCCCUGGCGUUGGACACUUGCUGGAUUUCGUUCCAGGAUUAAACGACAAGGUUCUUACAACACUUUUAGCUUCGUGAUCGUUUAUAAGUUUCGUGUAAACAAAGACUAUGAGGAACACUAGACUAUUCCGUCCAAGGCUUGCGCGGGGUGGAAUCAUCCUCCACUAAACAAAAGCUUGGAUCCACCUUUCUCA